AUGGACCCUGCAGGCACCGCUGGACCGGGGCCCGCGAUGCCUCCCGCCCCGGAUUCCAACAAGCUGCCGGCGCAGGGCGGAGUCAUGCUCUCAGAUGUCAUGGGUCGCGACCGCAGCAUCAACAUUUUCGCCGGCUUUACGAGGGACAUUGAGUCGAUAUCGCGCCGUUUGGACGACUUGUCGCAGAACAGCACCGUCAUAGCCCCGCUAAACUCCCAGAUUGAGAAGCUACCGCGUAAACCUUGGGAGGACCCCAGAGACUAUGAGGCGCUCGGCGCAAAUGCGUAUGAGGGCGGCGACGGGCAAGACAGGGCGCAGAAGAAUCUGAGGAGGUUUGUUGAGGCGCAUGUUGUGCCAAUGAGCCCGUGGCCCGAAAAGGAGAAGAUAAAGACUAUUCUUGGAGACAGGGAAAUCUGGUGGGAGAAAAGGGAUGGUGCUAGAGUGAUCCAACCUGACGAUAUCGAGGUCGAUAUUGUAGGUAGUCAGGUUGGUAAUGGAGAGAUUUGGAUCGUCCGAGGGGUUAGAAACUAUGCGUAA